AUGGGCGACGCUUCAAUCCUUCACAUGCCAACCACCCUCAUCUUUGGGGGCAACGGAAAAACCGCCCGCCAAUUGACAACAAUCCUUCGGGACGCUGAUACCCCGCACACCAUAUUCAGCGUUAUCCGCAAUCGGGAACAGAUUCCAGAUUUGGAAGCUAUCGGCGCAAAGCCAAUUGUCCAGGACAUUGCAACCGCUUCCCUGGUCGACUUCAUCAAAAUUAUCGAGGGCACUAAGCCAGACGUUGUGGUGUGGGCUGCUGGCGGCAAGGACCCCAAGUCCGCCGAGGCGGUUGAUCGGGAUGGAGCCAUUCGCGCCAUUGAUGCCCUGGCCAAAGCCAACGUGGUCGCGAAACGCUACAUCGUCGUCAGCGCCCUUGACGUCCGCGACCGAGACAGCAAGCCUGUUCCGGACUGGUAUACCGACGCCGAUGAGAAGCUCAGUGACCGCAUGUGGAGUAUCAUCGGUCCUAUUCUCCAGGCUAAGCUAGCGGCUGACACGGAGUUGAGGGUGGGGAAUGAGACUCGCCAGCUUAACUACACCAUUGUGAGACCUGGUGGCCUGACUGAGGGACCUAGCACUGGAAAAGCACGAGCAGGAAAGGUUGGCACUGUCGGCAUGAUUUCUAGGAAAGAUGUCGCCAUGGUCAUCUACGCCGUGAUUCAGAACGAGAAGACGUACGGGCUGGCAUUUGAUGUGCUAGGACCUAAGGACGACAGCCCAUUAAUCAAAAAGGCUGUUUCACGGGUAGUAGAAGAUCAUGAAGAUACGUUUAAAGGCUACUAUUAG